AUGUCUGUCCCUGAGCAAGCAGCAUUUACCUUCCUGCCCUUGGGCGCCAUCAUUCAGGAGUUCCGUGUCGGUGACAAGAACAUCGUCCUAGGCUUCCCAACACAGGACGACUAUGUCAAGCACAACACCCCGCAUUACGGUGCCACCAUUGGUCGUGUCGCUAAUCGUAUCAAGGAUGGCCUUAUCCAGAAUCUGAAUGGCCGGGAGUACAAUCUGACAAAGAACAACGGUCCCAAUGCGCUGCAUGGCGGUGAACAAGGCUGGGGCAAGCGUGUCUUUGACGGCCCCCACACCGUCAAGCGCCACGGCCGUGACGCUUUACUGUUCAAGUACCUUUGUCGGGAUGGCGAGGAGGGGUACCCGGGCACUGUUGAGGUGCGCGUAUGGUACACAGCCAGCAAGGAGGAUGACGCCAAGACCGUGCUGACGGCAGAGUACGAGGUGGAGUUCAUCGGUAAUGAGUGCGAUGAGACUGUUGUCAAUCUCACCAACCACAGCUACUUCAACAUCGGCUCUGGCCCCGAUGUAUCGGGCACCACCGCCCAACUCGCAACAGACGAUUACCUACCUCUGGACGACACCGGCAUCCCAGUUGGAGGAAUUGCCAAAUUCGGACGCGAUGUGACCAAGCCCUUCGAGCUGACCGCCACCGGCGCUCACAUCGACGACGUCUUUGUCAUGGAAAAGGACGUUUCCAAGAUCCCGUUGGACACACGUGGCUUGCCGCUGCGCCGCCUGGCGCAGUUCAGCAAUGCGAGCACGGGCCUGCAUCUGGAGGUUCACAGCACUGAGCCCGCGUUCCAAUUCUACACGGGCAAGUAUAUCAACGUGCCCGAGAUCAAUGGUGCCCCGGCUCACCACGAGGGUGCUGGGUUCUGCGUUGAGCCCAGUCGGUUCGUCAAUGCCAUCAAUGAGCCUGAGUGGCGGGGUAUGGUUUUGCUUCGGCAGGGCCAGAUCUUUGGAUGCAAGAAUGUGUACAAGUCGUGGAAGGCUUAG